ACUGGGUCGGGCUGGGCCAGCUGCGGAGGAAGACGAAGAAGGAGAGGAAGAGGAGAGCGGGAAACAUCUGGAUCGAAAGAGAACAAUGUUGGAUUACACGGAACUCCUGCGGUGAAAUAAAAAAACAAAACAAAACUCAAACAAAAGACUACUCGGAAUUUUCGAGUGUGUGUGUGCGCGUGUGUGUGUGUGUGUGUGUGUGUGUGUGCGGAAAGUGAUCGCUAUGGAUCAGUCCGUCGCAAUUCAAGAAACUUUGGAAAGGGAGGACAACUGCAUCAUGGCUGUCCAAUGUGAGGUCCUCUCCGACGACAUCACGGAAAGCAGACUGCUGGGAUUGGUGGAGUCGACUAAUGAACACGCAAUCUUUAUUUAUUCUCAUCGGAGGAUGGCCAUCACUGCUGACGACGUGUCACUGGAGGACAUUAUACCCAUCUCUCUUGAUUUUGCAGUUGUGGAGGUUUCCUCUCCAGAGGAACUGGCAGUUGUGGGUGCUGAUACCAGAGUGAGAGUAAGCUACCAGGAAGACGCGCUAGAGCUCAGACUUCCUUUCGGGUCUCACGCUCGGCUCUUUCUCAGCGAGGUCAACAGAGCGUGGAGUGAUGUGUGCAAGUCUCCCACACAGGUGCCCACUUUCGAGUGGAUCAACAAGUACCACAAAGCCACCAGAGGACAGGGAGUUGUCAAACAGGCCCUUGCACCCCUCAGCACUAAACUCACAAAACUCAACCAGCACCGGAAAACAGAGAAACCGUCAGACAAAAAGGGAAGUUUAGAAAGGGAGAAAGGAUCCAACAGCGGCACACAGAAGUCCAGAGUGUUUUCGAGCCCAGAGAGCCAGGUCAUCUCCAGUCGAGAGCACCGGGAUGACCUGGUACACUCCUCCAGCCACACCCCGUCCAACAAAGCUCAGAUACUGACCAUGCCUCAGUUCAACCUGCGCGACAACCUCAUCAGGUGUGAGCUGCUGAAGAAUGAGGACCUCUACACUUACCUGGAGAACUUCAGCUUUUUCCUUGGCACAUACAAUGUGAAUGGACAGACACCAAAGGAAAGCCUCGGUCCUUGGCUGAGCAGCACUCCCGACCCUCCUGACAUGUACUGCGUGGGUUUCCAGGAGCUGGAUCUUAGCAAAGAGGCUUUCUUCUUCAAUGAUACCCCCAAAGAGCUGGAGUGGACGAAGGCUGUGUCCAAUGCCUUGCAUCCAGAUGCCAAGUACGCCUUAGUGAAGUUGGUGCGUCUGGUGGGCAUUAUGCUGCUCUUCUAUGUGAAGAAGGAGCAUGCAGAGUUCAUAUCUGACGUGGAGGCCGAGACCGUGGGCACUGGCAUCAUGGGAAGGAUGGGAAACAAGGGUGCCGUGGCGAUCCGCUUUCACUUCCACAACUCCAGCAUCUGCGUGGUCAACUCUCACCUCGCUGCCCACAUUGAAGAAUACGAGCGUCGCAAUCAAGACUACAAGGACAUUUGCAGCCGUCUCCAGUUUCGACAUCUUGAUCUCUCCCAGCCUCUGCUCACCAUCAUGAAGCACGAUGUUGUUUUAUGGAUCGGAGACCUCAACUACAGAAUCAGUGACCUGGACGUUUUCGAUGUGAAGGAGCUAAUCGGCAAGAAGGACUUUGAAACACUGCACAAUUAUGAUCAGCUCAAGAGGCAGAUCGAUGAGGAGGCUGUGUUUGUUGGUUUUGUGGAGGGCGAGAUUGAUUUCCAGCCCACCUACAAAUAUGACACCGGCUCUGACAAGUGGGAUACAAGUGAAAAAUGCCGCGUGCCUGCCUGGUGCGACCGUAUCCUAUGGAGAGGGAAACACAUCAAGCAACAACAUUACCAGAGUCACAUGUCUCUGAAGACCAGUGACCACAAACCAGUCAGCUCCCUGCUCGUCAUUGGGAUCAAGAGAGUGAAUGCAGAUGCCUACAAGAAGACCUUUGAGGAGAUUGUACGCAAUAUUGACAAAAUGGAGAAUGAGUGUAUUCCGUCGGUAACCCUGUCCAAGCAAGAGUUCCACUUUAAGGAUGUGAAGUUCAUGCAACACCAGGCAGAGACGUUGAGCCUCUUGAAUGACGGCCAGGUCCCAUGUCAGUUUGAGUUUAUCCAGAAGCCGAAUGAGUCGACAUACUGCAAGCCCUGGCUCACAGCCAACCCUCCCAAAGGCUUCAUCGCUCAGGGUGGCUCUGUGGACAUUGACCUCGAGGUGUUUGUAAACCGCUCGACGGCGCCGGAACUUAACUCGGGCGAGCAGCAGAUCGAAGACAUCCUGGUGCUCCAUUUGGAGCGCGGCAAGGACUACUUCAUCCCCGUGACAGGAAAUUACCUGUCCAGCUGCUAUGGCACCUCCAUCCAUUCGCUGUGUCGGCUGAAGGAGCCCGUCCGUGACAUGCCGCGAGAGAUGCUACGUCAACUGGCGGAGAUCUCUCGAGAUGAGAAUGCAGCCAACACUGAAAAGCCUCUGGACAUUCCUAAAGAACUGUGGAUGAUGGUGGAUCACUUAUUCCGUAUUGCAAUCAAACAGGAAGACAUAUUUCAGCAGCCUGGGCUCCGGAGUGAAUUUGCAGUAAUAAGGGAUUGCCUUGAUACUGGCAUACCGGAUUCUCUCUCGGGCAGUAACCACUCAGUGGCAGAGGCCUUGCUUCUCUUCCUGGACGCCCUCCCAGAGCCCGUGGUCCCGUACUCCUUUUACCAGCAGUGCCUAGAAAGCUGCUCCAACGCCAGUCAGUGUGAGAAAGUUAUUUCCAUGCUACCUCAGUGCCAUCAAAAUGUGUUCAACUACUUAGCUGCCUUUCUGCGUGAGCUGCUGAAGAAUUCUGCAUGCAAUCGAUUAGAUGUCAACAUCCUGGCCACCAUUUUCGCCUCCUUGCUGCUGAAGUCGCCUAAGAAGCAGGAUCUUGCUGAAAAGAGGAAGGCUCAGGAGUUCUUUCUGCACUUCCUCACCCAAGGCUUUUCCUAGACGGAGGACUUCUCCGUCUUGUCUCCUACAUGCUGAAGCUCAACACUUAAAAAAAAGUACAGUUCAGUAUUUGAAAAUGAAGUGUAUAUAUGAAAUGAACUCAUGAUUUUCAUACCAGAAGGCUCUUUGUAUAGAUAUAGUAUAAUUACUGUAAGCUACACUUCUUUACCUGAUAUUAGUUCUGUUAAGGCGAUGCUUGUGAUCUGUUGAUGGACAGAGUUUAUUGUAUUUCGUGGAACAUCUGUAGAGACCUAAUGAUUUUUAAUGUUAUCUAUUUUUUAUUUUAAAAAAAUAAUUUGUAUUUUAAUGUUUCUGAUCUCAACAGUAUAUUGUUUUUAUGUAUAAAACUAUUGGAAACAUUG